UGUGCCCGGCAUCCCGCUCCGCCCCGCUCCUCCUCCCCGCAGGGCAGCCCCGGCCCGCUCCCUCCCCCCCGGCACGGCCGCAGCUGCGGGAGCCGCUCUGCCCCGGGGGGCUGCGGGACGCGGCGGGAGGGGCCCGGUACCCGCGGCAUCCCCGAGCCCGGUCCCUCCGCCCGCCCCCGGCCGGUCAGCUCCCGGUUGGGGCUGUCGGGAACCGCUCUCUGAUUGGCCACCGCCCCCUCAUUUAUAGCCCGUCAAUCACGGACCCCCGCGAUCCGUGCGCGCAUCGCCCGCUGCUGCCCGCGGGAGCCGCUCCGCUCCGCAGCAGCUCCGGCACCUCGGGGAGCGGCGCUUCUGCCACGCACAGAAACUUCCUCCUUCUUUCGCGGUAGCUGCCCAGACAGGUUUUUUUUGUUUGGUUUUUUUUUGGGUUUUUUUUUUUUUUUUUUUUUAAUUUGGAACUUCCUCUCCGCCCUUGGUACCCGCCGCCCUGGCGCACCUUUUGCCGGCCCCGGCCAUGUACAGCAUGCUGGAGACGGAGAUUAAGGCGCCGCAGCCCACGCCGGGCAGCACCGGCGGUAACCCCGCUGCGGGGAGCACCGGCAAAGCGGGCGGAGGCGGCGGGGCCGGCAACGGAGCGGGAGCGGGCUCGGACCAGGACCGGGUGAAGCGCCCCAUGAACGCAUUCAUGGUGUGGUCGCGCGGGCAGCGGCGGAAGAUGGCCCAGGAGAACCCCAAGAUGCACAACUCGGAGAUCAGCAAGCGCCUCGGAGCCGACUGGAAGCUGCUGAGCGAUGCCGAGAAGCGGCCCUUCAUCGACGAGGCCAAGCGGCUGCGGGCCGUGCACAUGAAGGAGUAUCCGGAUUACAAAUACCGGCCCCGGAGGAAGACCAAGACCUUGCUGAAGAAGGACAAAUACUCGCUGCCCGGUAAUCUGCUGGCGCCGGGAGGGGGCAACGCGGUGAGCAGCCCGGUCGGGGUGGGGCAGAGGAUUGACACUUAUGCCCACAUGAACGGCUGGACCAACGGGGCUUACUCACUGAUGCAAGACCAGCUGGGCUACAGCCAGCACCCGGGCAUGAACAGCCCGCAGCUGCAGCAGAUGCACCGCUACGACAUGACGGGGCUGCAGUACAGCCCCAUGAUGUCCACGGCGCAGACCUACAUGAACGCCGCCUCCACCUACAGCAUGUCCCCCGCCGCCUACGGCCAGCAGCCCUCCACGGCCAUGAGCCUGGGCUCCAUGGGCUCCGUGGUGAAAUCCGAGCCCAGCUCGCCGCCUCCGGCCAUCGCUUCCCACUCGCAGAGGGCCUGCCUGGGAGACCUGCGGGAUAUGAUCAGCAUGUACCUGCCCCCCGGGGGGGAUGCCACAGACCCUUCAGCCCUGCAGGGCAGCAGGUUACACAGCGUCCACCAGCACUACCAGAGUGCCGGGACUGCCGUGAAUGGUACCGUACCACUAACUCACAUAUAAACUUGGCUGCUCGGGACGG